GGGCGGGCGCGGCCCAUGGCGGCGCGGCGGGCGGGCCCCGGCGUGUGCCCGCCUCGUGCCCUUCCUCCAGUGCCAAGUGGAAGCCAAGAUGAAAUUCCACUCAGUCGUCCCAAGAAAAGGAAACCCAAAGGCAAGACUCCAUUAGAUGGCAUUGUGCAAGCAGCGGUUCGUCGGCAGUCGGAAAGCAGCGAGCCCCUGACCCCUGAACCUCCUGAUGCCCCUCCUCAGAGGAAACGCAAGAAGAAGAAAGUACCUACUGAUUCUGAGACCUCUUUUACCCAGCAGAAUGUGGCAUCCCUAUUUCAGAAUGGAAAUGGCAUGGAUGUCCCUGAGGCUGAAGAAACGGUGAUCCGCAAACAGAGAAAAAGAACAAAGAAGCCUCGGCCAGCCGAAGUGAGCUCCAACGAGCUGGAAGUGGAGGAGGAAGACAUCAUUGAAGAUGAGCACAGAAAGAGCCCAGAUCAGCAGCCUGUGUUUGCUGCUCCCACUGGAGUUAGUCAGCCUGUUAGCAAAGUGUUUGUUGAAAAAAAUCGGCGUUUUCAUGCAGCUGACCGUGCAGAAUUGAUUAAAACCACUGAAAAUAUCAAUGUGCUUUUGGACGUGAAGGCUUCAUGGACUACUAGAGAUGUUGCCCUCUCAGUGCACAGAAGUUUCAGGGUGUUGGGCCUCUUCAGCCAUGGCUUCCUUGCUGGUUAUGCUGUAUGGAACAUCGUGGUUAUCUACAUUUUGGCAGGAAAUGAGCUUUCCAUGGUUUCUAACCUGCUUGAGCAGUAUAAGACAAUAGCAUAUCCAGCUCAAAGUUUGUUCUAUUUUUUGCUGUCUAUCAGUACAGUCUCAGCCUUUGACAGGAUUGAUCUGGCAAAAGCAUCAGUUGCACUGAGGGGCAUUCUUACCCUAGACCCAGCAGCACUAGCUUCUUUCUUGUACUUUGCUGCUCUUAUCUUAUCCUUAAGCCAGCAGAUGACAUGUGACAGAAUCCACCUCUACACGCCACCUUCGGAAAAUGGCAGUAUCUGGACUGCAGGUACAGAGGCAGAAAUUGUUCAUUCCUGGAUUGUGGUGAAUCUCGUAGUGUCCGUUCUAGUUGGGACAAGUUGGAUCUUCUUAAGUUCCCGACCAGAGCUAGACCACAGCGAAGAAUUGAUGUUCCAUUCUGAAAUUGAGGAAUUUCCUCACGGAGAUGUCAUACCCAGAGUCCAGCCAUAAGUGUGGAACAAGAAUCUGCAUAUAUUGUAGCUGUGACUGAUGGCUCAGCAUGUUGUGUAUUAUAGCUAUGUAUCAUAAUUUUCAUAAAGAAAAAAAAGUAUUUUUAUAUUGUAUAUAUUUCAUGCUGAUCUUUUUAUGUAUGUUACAGUUUCUAGAUGUGAUUGAAAACUUUUAUACUUCUGCUUUUUAUUUUACACAGCAGAUUAUCCCUAGUGCAUAAAGUCAAGGUGAUUUUGUAAAUAAUGCUACCUGCAUAGCCAAAGACACUAGAGGGAUGCAGAAGAUCAGGUGUUCAGUGCUUUUUUGACUGCUGCACAGUCUUCAACAACCUGCUUUUGUUACUAAUGCAAACAGCAGUUAGCUUAUCUGAUUUGGUUAAACAUUUUCUAGAGAUUAAAAAAAUAUCUUGCAACAAAAGUAGCCUAAGGAAAAUCUAUAACAAAACAGAGUUAGGAAACAUAAACCCCACCAAAUUAGUAAUCUUGAAAUAAUCUACAUUUAUUUGUGAUAAAAUAUUUUUCUAGAAUAAAAGAUUAUAUUGACAGGGAUUUUGUUUAAUAAUCCAUAAAAGAGGAUUAUUAAAAUCCACUUUUUAAAUCUUCAUUUAGUUCUCUUGACAAAAAUCUUGAUGAUGACAAGGUCUUAGAGGCUGAUGUAGAUAAAAGACAAAGAAGUUUUAAUGUUGCAGCAGUUUGGUUGUUUAAAUACAUCUCCUCAUCAAACAGGGUGUUUUUGUGUUGCAAACAGGAUGUAUCCAUGUCUUGUAAUUUCUCAACAGUCAAGAAGUGUAACUAUGCCAAAGCCACUCACAAGAAUAGUGUUCUGAUUUCUCCUUAUCUGGUAUGGCAGAAGCAAUCAUUUUAUUCACUACUUUCUAAACAAACUUGGAUUUCACAGAUGUUAAAAAUGUUCCUACCUAUUUUGAUGGAGAUUGUUUUCCGCCAAAGAAUGGGAAAAUUCUUCCUAAAAUUACAAGAAAAUGCUUAUUAAAUAAACCCAAGAAGUCUGCAGCAACCCACCUUCUAUGCAGUGACAUAGCAGUAAUGGUGGCAGGCAAUGGGUUUUGCUGACAAGAUCCAACAUUCCUUUUCCUUUAUAUUAAAGUGACAAAAUGAAAGCAUUGCAGAUGUGAAUAAAUACAGAUAUAAUGCAGGAAGAAACAAUCUCUUUAGUAAACACAGAUAAGGUCUAGUUUGAAAGCCAUUUUUCAAGGAAAUACCACCUAAAGCCCAAAACUUGUUUGUAUGUGUUACUUAACAUAUAUUGAUUUUGCCUUGUUUGAUUUAGUAUGUGUGUCUGUGGGUGGUUGUAGAAGGGGUGCACUUGUCAAAGUUCACUGAACAAUUACUGAACUUUUUUAGUAGUGAAGUUAAGAGCAGCCAGAUAAGACUUGAAAGGAAAUGAGCUUUCAGUGCUUUCUGUGCUAACUUAGUGCUGUUACCUGAGUUGCUUCAAAACAGGCAUGGGAAUGUGAAUAACUAGGGAUGGCUGAUGCUGCCCUGUCAAGGACUUGUGUUCUCUUGUGUCCAUUCAGCAAAUUUUAAGUUAUUCAAAAAUUCAGUGUUCAUGACAUCUUUUAAAUGCUGUGGUAAUCUUGGCAGGGAGGAGGAAGACAUCUACAAGAAUUGAAAGAUGUUCCACAGAUGUUGGCUGCAUUCUGAGGCAUUCAGUUUGCUGUGGGAAGGAGGCCUUAGCCUUUUUUGUAAAGUGUUGUGGCUCUUGUGUCUGUAUUUUUGUAAAACUAGAGCUAAAUUACAGCUGGCACUGCAUUGUACAUUAAAAUGGAGAGAUUCAGGGUGUUGAUCUCCUGCAGUUGUGCACCAGAUGUUCUUGCCAUGAUUUAUUUGGCUGUAGGAAAUGAGGGAUGAGACAGGAAGUGUUCCCAUGUAGUUUGCCACCACACUUUCUGCUCAUGUUGUGUGCUUGCUUGCAGAGUCACCUCCUGAAGAUGAGAUUAUUAAUGGCAUGGCUGCAUGAUUUUUCUUUCAUCUUGGUAUGGUCAGAAGUGUAAUUUUGCCCAUAAAAUACGGAGCUCCGCAGAAGUGUGCUAAGGCAUCACAUCAGUACAGGAAAAACUUGGAUAACAUCGCUUGAUUUCUGACAUUAACACUAGGAAUUGGCCUUCCAAGUAUCCCUUAGACAAAGCAAUGCCAGCCAAGAGCCAGAUUCAUUCUUAUUGUGAAAUAUAGUACUUUUUAUAUGGUUGAGCAGAGAUUGAAUUAAUGAACUUAAUGUAAUCAGUAUUUCAAGCCAGGCUUGCCUUUGUGUAUAUUUUUAGGAGGGUCUGAGUAUAUCCAUAUUUAAAUUAAUGAGUUUUGAGGUUGCCAUAUAAAAAACAUAAUAAAUAGUUUGAUGGCUAAUUAUCUAUUUCACAAAAUACUUUUCAUUCCAUUAAGCCUCACAAUGGAAUAUGAGUUUAAGUGAGCUUGUUUUUAGUUUCUUGUAAAGUCUUAGAACAAGUUUACAUAAUAGAUGUUUAAUUCUAGAACAUGCAAUAUUUGUAGAAGCCUUAACUGAAAUGCCUUUGUGCAUUUCCAUAUCUUUGUUUUUUUAAUGCAUUUAUGUUAAUGAAAAAAAGUUUUCGGAUAUCUUGGUGCCAAGUUCUUGUUUUUACAUAUAUGAAACCUAUAUUAAACAAUUGCUGUAAACUAGUUAGAAAUGAUGGUACUACUUUGUCUUGUUUCCAGUUGUUUAGUCAGUUUAAAAUAAGUAAGUCUGUCUGAGGAUUUGGAGUGGGAGGCUGAGGGGAUGUCUGGGGCUGCUCCAGGCUUGGGUGGACAAAGCCUCACGCAGCCUGAUCAGGGGCUGGAUUCCAAAGCUAAAUUGUUUUAAUUACUUAAAUUGUUACACUAAUUUAAUAUUUGGUUAAUUUCAACUUGGUUUAAACGUUACUCUCUCAAGGCAGUUUUCUCAACAUAGAAGCCAAGGGGACAUUAAGUUGCAGUGUGCCUUUUUAAAGUAGUUUUGGUAUUGCAGAGGUAAACUUUAGGAGGGUUAUGAUUAGGUCAGAAUUACUCGCUUGCAUAUUUCCAGCAGAAUUGAUUUAAUGACUAAAGACUCUGGGAGACCAGAGAAAACCAUCAGGUAAAUACCUACAGCUAAGCCUAAGCCUUACAUGUGUCUUCGUUUUUUCCUCACAGCGGUGUGGAAGGUGUGUUACUGCAUUGCUCAGGGCGGCUGUGCUUGAAACUGCUGUGUAAGUCCCCAGCUACUUGCAGAAAGACUGUUUUGCCUGGGUGUUAUUUUUGUACUGCUGCUCCCUCCCUUCACGGCGGGCAAGGAGGCUGGGGGCAGAUGCUUUAGGGGGUGGUUUUUCCUGCCGUGUGUCGCCCUCCCGUCCCUGGUGCGUUUAUUUCCCGAGCAGCUUGUCACUUCAGUGUCCCUCGGCCCUGCCCCGCUCCCCCUCAGCCGUUUUCCCGCCCCGCCCCGGCGGCGCGCGGGCAGCGGUAACGGCCGCUAGGGGGCCGCCAUGUCGGACUCGGCCUGAGGGGAGCGGCCGCGCUGCUGUCGGUCGGCGAUCUAAAUUCCCAUGGGCUUUUGGGGCAUUUUCCAGAUGUUUCUGGGAGUUUCAGUAACAAGAAGUUGUUAGUAUGGCUGGACCAUGGUGAAAACAGAAGUCUAAGAAUUACAGAUAUAAAUGGAGGCAGAUAGGGACAAAUGUGAAGAAUGAGAAAAGCAGCACAAAAUUCUUACAUUCUAUGCCUCAAUUUGUCGUGAAAACACUACUGAAGAAAUCUAUUUUAAAGGCCUUUUCAUGUUUCUGCUUCAUAAGGAAUUUAAUGCCUUAUUCAAAAGAGACAUAGAACUGAAAACAUAUUUCAGAUUUCUGGGGGUUUUUUUCUUGGACAAUGCACACAUUUGAAAGUUAAUUUUACUUGUUACAAAGAACAGUUAUAUUACAAGAAAUUCAGGGUCAAAUGACUUUAAAAGUUUGAUUCCUUUAUCAGACAAGACAAUUCUUAAAAUACAAAUGCAAGUGUAUGGUUUUACAUUGUACAUCUGCUCCAAUAUUCUGACUCUAACAGCAUUCAACUGAUUACUGUAUUCUAAACUGUGGACUAUACUUGGUCUUAGAUGGAAGUGACAAAAAAACUAGUUUUCACCAGAACAUUACCUUUUCUCAGGGUCCUGUUGCAAGCAAAGUUCUACCAAGUUGUGGAAAGCAGGUGAAAAUGUUUUGGAAAAGGGCAUUUGAAGUCUUUCACUGGUCAUUGUGCGUGUCAUGCUCUCGCCAAUCCCAGAAUCAACACCUGAUCGGGAAUUCU